UAAUGGAAAAGAAGAAAGCCCAAAAAGUCAGAAAGUAGGAGGUCUGAACAUAACAGCGUACCAAACAGCCUUGAGGUAUGGCGGCAAGGAUGUUGCAGAGGCGAGUGAUGUCAAUGUUUUCGAGACAAACACAUCACCCCAUCAUUCAAGAAUCUUCUUGGUAUUCUCCUACCAGUGCAAUAUUAAACAGAUAUGGAUUCCAUCAAAGGGGGGUCACGACACAUUCAAAUCCAGUCAAAUCUGUUUGUGAAGAUGUAGAGAAUAAGGAAGCUGACACCUUAAAAUCAAAUUCAAACCCAGAUAUUGUUGCUACGUCCAUUAGUGUUAAUGAGAACUCUUCUGUUAAGUUUUCUGCCAAAUCCAGUUUGAAGACCUCCUCAAGGCAUGAUCUUGCUAUGAUUUUCACCUGCAAGGUCUGUGAAACAAGAUCCAUUAAGACGGUUUGUCGCGAAUCUUACGAAAAAGGUGUAGUGGUGGCAAGAUGUGGGGGUUGUAAUAAUCUUCACCUGAUUGCUGAUCACCUUGGGUGGUUUGGUGAACCAGGAAGCAUUGAGGAUUUCCUGGCUGCUCGUGGAGAAGAAGUUAAAAGAGGUUCAAUUGACACACUGAAUCUUACAUUGGAAGAUUUAGCUGGAAGAAAACCUUGAAGGGUACAAUUUGAACAAAUAUAUUUUCUGCAUUAGGGUCUCACUGAGAGCUUGGAAGUGUAAGGGAGUGCAACGAUAGCUGGUAUUUGUAAACUCAGCUCUUCUGUCUAUUGGUUUCCCAAUACAACAAAGCCACAUAUUCAAUGAACUGUUCCUUUAUCAAUUAUUUUUGGUGGCUGUUGAAGGAAUGCUUUUAUGUAUAGACUUAUGCCUGGAAAGGAAUUUAUGGAAACAACAGAUUUAUUUGAGUAGAACUGAGAUUUUAGGAGGAAUGGUAGUUAUUUCCUUUGGUGCCUAAAUGCUUAAACUAGAACAUCGUUUCAAAAGUUAUAUCCCCGUUUCUAAUGGUUAAAUUUAUGUACUCAUCUCAAUUUCCUUUGUUGCAUAAA